AUGGUCGUCAAUGUUUUCAUCUCUGCGGUUACAACCGAUAAUUUGAGUCGAAAGGAAGCAAUUGCUUGGGUCAAUGAUACCUUGAAGACUCAUCUGACCAAAGUGGAAGAAAUGUCAACUGGGGCAUGCUAUUGUCAAUUGACGCACUAUCUCUUCCGGGAUGGAAUCAACCUUAAAAAGGUUAAAUUUAAUCCACGAAAUGAACCAGAAAUUCUCGCAAAUUGGAAAUUGCUCACAACCUCGUGGAAGACAUUAGGAAUAGACAAGCCUGUUGAUGUCGAGAAAUUGAAAAAGGGCAAGUUCCAGGACAACAUGGAGUUUCUGCAGUGGUUUUUUAAGUUCUUCAAUGCCAAUCUUGGACAGGAGGAUCCAAACUAUGAUCCCGUAGCUGCUCGAGGUGGAGAAGAAAUUCCUGCCUUGAAGGGAUCAAUCGGAGGUCCAGCACGACCUGCUCCAGCUGCUAGGCCAGCUGCUGUUACUCGUAUUACUCGUCCAGCUCAAGCCGCUUCUCCCGCAACGCGGAUUACCCCGAAAGCACAAAAUGUGCUACAGCCUUCUGCGCAGCCAAAUAAUUCCGCGUUGCUCGCUGAAAUCGAUGAAUUGCGGAAGUUGUUGAAGGAAAAAGAAACUGAGAUAGCUGACUGGAUGGAGAGCUCGCAAGAUAUGGAACAAGAACGCGACGCCUAUUAUGGUAUUCUUAGAAAAGUUGAAGAUUUGGUGAAUGAAACCGAAAAAGUCGGUAGUACAUCAAUUUCGCUAGACAGUAUCAAGGAUGUUCUUUUCUCGGUAACCCGUAUGUAUUUUUCAAUCGAGCAACAACUUCAAAAGCUGGUUCAACGUCUUGCUAUAAUUCCGAAACUUGUCGGAUAUCUCUGGGAAGGAUUGAUGACGAAGAAAGUUGUCGAGUUCGUCAAAUCAUUCAUGAUUCGGUUUCGGAGGAAACGAAAAGCUCAUGGCGAAGUUAUCGCGAUUUCAUAG